AUGUCAGAUAAAGCACUGCUAACUCUUUUGGAGUCCGCAGCUGGGUACGCUCUAUUCGAGAUUGUUGCCUUUGAAGAAAUCGGAAGCCUCUUGGAGGGCAACAAGGAUACUGUCACGGAUCUCAAGAGAUUUGGACGUGCCGUGAAGCUAAAGGCUUUCAGUCCAUUCGAGUCUGCUCAAGUGGCCCUCGAAAACGCUAAUGCAAUUUCCGAACACGCCAUGUCGGAUGCUUUGCACAACUUUUUGGAGAUGAACCUUCCGAAGAAGGCCAAAAAGUUUCAAUUGGGAGUCAUCGACCCUGGUCUUGCAACCGCAAUCAGCGAUGGUCUUGGCGUUUCCUGUCGCAGUGAUGACACCAUCCGCGAGAUUAUGCGAGGAUGCCGCUUGCACUUGGAGACCUUUGUUAAGGGACUGGAGGGAGGAGCUGCCGCAAAGGCACAGCUUGGUCUUGGUCACUCGUAUUCCAGAUCCAAGGUGAAGUUCAACCCUGCUCGUUCCGAUAAUAUGAUCAUCCAAUCCAUUGCUCUUUUGGAUCAAAUGGAUAAGGAUCUCAAUACGUUUGCCAUGCGAGUUAGGGAAUGGUACAGUUGGCACUUUCCUGAACUAAAGGAUAUCGUGAAGGACAACAUCAUGUUUGCUAGAGCAGCAGCCUACAUUCAAGAUAAAGGCAGUAUUUGCGCUAGCGGCGAAGGUGUCGAAGACAAAAUGCCUGGUCUUAUUGAAAUCUGUGGAGAUGAAGAGAUCGCCAAGGCUGUAGUUGCCGCCGCCAAGACAUCGAUGGGAAUGGAUUGUUCUCCCCUGGACAUGGUUAACAUCGUCAACUUUACCCAACGUAUGGUCAAGUUGGCAGAGUUCAGAAAGAACCUAUCGAAUUAUCUGACAGAGAAGAUGUCCGUUGUUGCACCAAAUCUAAGCGCUUUGAUUGGAGACACUGUUGCAGCCCGUCUUAUCAGCAAGGCUGGAUCCCUCACAAACUUGGCAAAAGCACCAGCAUCGACAGUACAAAUUCUCGGAGCAGAGAAGGCUCUGUUCCGUGCCUUGAAGACCAAGGGAAAUACCCCCAAGUAUGGUCUCAUCUACCAUUCAACGUUCAUUGGGCGUGCAGAUGCCAAAAACAAAGGACGGAUAUCUCGAUACCUUGCCAACAAGUGUUCCAUUGCCACGCGUAUUGACUCCUUCUCGGAUGAGCCAAGCAGAUUGUACGGCGAGAAGCUUCGAGAACAAGUAGAAGAACGACUAAAGUUCUAUGAAACUGGUGCUGCACCUCGUCGCAAUGUUGACGUCAUGGAAGAAGUUGCGAAGCAAUUGAAGACGGAUGGCGACGAUGAAGAGAUGGCAGACGUCGAGACACCAAAGAAGAAGAAAAAGAAGGAUAAGAAGCGCAAGACGGACGACGAAGACAGUGAUGAGGAAAUGGAAUCCCCAAAGAAGAAGUCUAAAUCCGAAACUCCCAAGUCUGAGAAGAAGACUCCCAAGUCUGAGAAAAAGUCAGCAAAGAAGGAGAAGAAGUCAGACAAGAAGUCAGACAAGAAAAAGAAGAAGAGAAAAUCAUCGGGGGGAGAUUAA